AUGGAGAUCAAAGUCAUUAAUGCGGUCAAAACCGCCCUUGCACCUACUAACACACCUUUUUGCAUUGUCAAUGAAGCUGCAUUGAACUAUUACAAUGUUCCCCGAGUUAUCAUGGCCAUUGAAAUCUGUGUUCCAGAAUGCGACCUUCCGAUCACGGCAUCACAGCUUGCUUCAUAUGCUGAUGUCUUUCGAUCACAUCCAUGGCCGGACGAAGCGAGUUGCAACACAGACUAUCUGAGACCCUAUCCCCGCUUCCAAGCCUUCAUCGAAGGUCAAUCCUUCAGUGUGAUAGUGCUCCCAGACACAUUUUACCAUCUUGACCCACUUCGCAACAACAUUGUCCAGAUUCAGACGUAUCCUCUAGACCAGAUCAGGUUCAGCCGGCAAUUCGACUUUUCAAAGAAUUUAGACACUCUCUCUUCCAUCCCUGUACCCCGUUUGGCGACUCUUCUCCAAGGGGCAGCUCAGAGAUACCUUGAAUCAAAAGAGUAUGCCAUGGCGGUGUGUGUAGAGGAGUUGGUGGACGGCAUGAACUUGGAUGAAACCUGGUGUCUUAAUCAUCUUGAUACCGAGAAAAACAAAGUGGUUGAAUGCAUCCUAGACCGUAUAGCAAGCAAGGGAUCACGUAUAUCCGAAUUUCAGCCAGGAAAUAUCACCUGUUUUGUCGAAACAGAAGAGGAAGCACGAGAUUUGCGCAUGAUUCCUGGAUAUGAUGAGCCAAGCUGGACCCGAGAACAGCAGACUAAACCAAAGGAAAUACAAAACUUUGACCCGCGCCUGACGCCAGGUUGGCUCCAAUCGGCACUGCUCUUCCUCAAGACAGCAAUCUCGAACCUCAAAUCGGCGAUAUUCCACCAGUCCCCCUCCCAUCCAGUUUAUUUUCAAUUCGUAUCUGACCUUCACUUGGAAGAUGGCCAGCGUUAUGAAACUUUUGUUAUAACAAGAAUUGCACCUUACUUGAUCCUAGCUGGCGAUAUUGGAUGCCUAUGCAACUACAAAGAGUAUGUUGCCUUCCUUGCUGAGCAAUGCACCAAAUUUGACCAUGUUUUCCUGGUUCUCGGUAAUCACGAGUUCUAUUGGAUGUCUCACCAAGACGGCCUUCAGGCAGCAAAAUCACUUGAAGUUGAGCCACAGCUCCUCGGCAAACUCACUGUUCUGAAUAGAAAUCGAGUCGACAUCAACAGAAGAGUGACUAUUCUAGGUUGCACCCUGUGGUCUCAAAUUCCGGAAGACUCACAGCUGUGGGUUAGGAUGAAGAUCGCGGAUUUCAGCAUGAUCAAGGAUUGGACCGUUGAAGCCCAUAAUACUGAACACAAUAAAGAUGUCCAGUGGCUGCAGCAGGAACUCUACAAUAUCUCGCUUGAAGGAACAAACCGUGAUGUGAUUGUUGCCACACACCACGCUCCAAGUUUCCUGAAAACUGCCGACCCCAGACUUAAAUCUCAACCUUGGAGGAGCGCAUUUUGCUCAGACCUACUUGAGUCUCAGGUCAAAUCCUGGCGAAGCUCCAAUGCAAUUCGCUGGUGGAUCUUUGGGCAUACCCAUUGGAAUACAGCAUUCCGCUAUCGUGGCAUGAAUAUACACAGCAACCAGUUUAAAUACGACUCUCAGAGAGUUCAAGAGCCGGGAUUCUUUAGUUUUUGGCUCAAUCAACUCGGGAAGCAUUUUGUUGUCACAAAGGUUGCGAAAGUAUGA